AUGGACAAGCCGAACGCGCUCGGGAUUACCGCUGAUGAGUUCAAGGCGAUCGAGCAGACGCGCCAGCGUCUAUUUCAGCUCUCCAAUAGCAUCCAGGGCCUUCGGAUGGACGUCUUGAAGAGCAACCCGCUUCCUCCUCCGGCAUCCCUUCAAGCGCAGUCCCAGAUCCUCCUCCGCAACCUCCAAUCCCUCCUCGAGACCCUUACCGAGAACACGCAUGUCUUUCAGCACCUCCAUGUCUUCCCGGACGUCGCCUAUCCGGGCCGCGUGCACGAGAACAUACUCCUGCAGCUGCUCCGCAAGAAGCUGGAGCCGGGCGUCGAGGAGUGGGUGGAGCGCGGGCGGGAGACGACGCGAGAGCUGCGCACGUCGCCAGACGGCGAGGCGCGGCUCGAGGAAGUAUGGUGCGACGUACGGGAGUGGACCGUCGAGCGGGUGCAAAAGUACGUCCUUGAAGAGGCGGGCGACGUCUACACGGAGGAGGAGCGGCACCGCGGCGUGGAGAAUGUGAGGACUGGGUUGAAGAGGGGGCUCGAGGAGGAGGAGGAUGACGAAGAGAGUGAUGAGGAAGGGGAAGGGGAGGGCGAUGGCGACGAGGACGUGGUCAUGUCUGGGCAGCCGCAGUCGCAACAGGCGAAGCCGUCGAAACCGACGGGGCCGGAGCCGGAGAUGCUGUUUUGGUUCGAGGCGAGAGGAGAUUUCGAUCUGCCGCGGAACGUGGACUUGUUGAGCCAGUCGGGCAUGAAGCGUGGGCAGAUGGGUCCGAGAUGA